AUGACGCAGGAGGACGCCACCUUCUGCGCUGCUCGCUGGCGGGCGCUCUGCGGGCGGCUGGGCGCCGGCGAGCAGGCGUCGGCGGCCUGGUGGGCACGCGUGAGCGCCGCCUACUCUGGCGACGGCCGCUUCUACCACACGCUGCGGCACAUCGGCCAGAUGCUGCAGCUCAAGGACGCGCACGCUGCAUCGCUAGCAGACGGCGACGCGGUGGAGCUGGCCAUCUUCUUUCACGACGUGGUGUAUGACGCUGCCGGCGGCGGCGGCGGCAAGAACGAGCGCGACUCUGCGCUCGUGCUCUUGGAGUUUUGUGAGAGCGCUCUCGGCGGCGGUUACGCGGCUGCGCAGCGGGUGGCGCGAUGGAUCGAGAUGACCGCGCACCACCGCUGCGACGCGGAGACCGAGGCCGACUGCCGCUUCUUCAUGGAUUUCGACAUGGCCAUCCUCGCGGCUCCGCCUGCAGAGUACUCCGCCUACUCGAGGGCGGUGCGGCGCGAGUACGGGCACGUGUCGACUGUCGCGUGGUGCGUCGGGCGGGGCCGCUUCCUCUCCCAGGCCGCCGCCGCGGGCACCGCCGUCUUCGCCACCCCAGCCUUUGCAGCGCUCGAGGAGAGGGCGCGCUCCAACGCCCGCAGCGAGGCGGCGGCGCUGCGGCGGCGCCUGCUCGCUCUCUCCGCCGCCGCCCUCGCCGCCGCCUCUGUCGUCGGCCUCGCGCUUCUCCUCCCCGCCUCUCCGCCACGCACGCACCUCGGCCUCGUGCGCCACCUCAGCUUGCGCCACUCGGCGGUGGUGGUGGUAAUCGGCCACAACGCGGCGAAAGCGUACGCCGUCUCUCCGCUCGAGCGGCAGGCUCUCGUGCGUCAGGCCUGCGCCGAGAUGCAGAUCGAGAACGUGCGCGUCGAGUGCUCGGACGACUACAUCUGGCGCGUCGCACGCAAGCACGGCGCGCCUCUCCUCUACCGCGGCAUCCGCAGCUGGGCAAAGGACGGCCUCGCGGAGCGCUGGCUCGAGCGAUGCGCGGCGGCGGAGAGCGUCGCGGACCUCGUGCCUCCGAGCAUUGCCGAUGCCGUCGCGAAGCUGUAUGGCUAG